AAUUGAAAAUUAAGUUGUAAGAGUGGCAACAUUCAUCAUCUUAAAACUCUGAUUUUAAGUUGUAUAUUUAGUACGGCAACCUUGAAUGACAUAUGACAGAAAUUUCAUAUUUAAAACAAGUGUGGCAAUACUAGUCCUACACGUGUUUAUAAAAUACAGUGAAAAACUAAAUUCGUGAAAAUAAACGUAUUUAUCAAUAAAAAAUAAAAAGGACAUGUCGUUUAAUAGAGGAGGACGUGGUGGAGGCUUUCGUGGAAAUCGUGGCGGAGGUGGAAAUCGUGCCGGCGGUGGACGAGGCGGAGGCGGAGGCGGUGGUAAUCGCUUCGGCGGUGGCGGUGGCGGUGGUAAUCGCUUCGGCGGCCGCGGAUUCGACCAAGGACCACCUGACCGCGUUAUUCCUCUAGGCUCUUACAGUUAUUCAUGUGAAGAUGAUCUCGUUUGUAAAGUGGAAAUUGAGGAUGUCCCUUAUUUCAAUGCCCCAAUAUAUUUGGAAAAUAAAGAACAAAUUGGGAAGAUUGAUGAAAUAUUUGGAACCAUACGUGAUUAUUCUGUGACCGUGAAAUUGUCCGAAAAUUUAAACGCAAAAAGCUUUAAAAAUCAACAAAAACUGUUCAUAGAUCCGGCAAAGUUGUUACCUAUCUCGAGAUUUUUACCUAAGCCACCACAAAAAAAGGGUGGUAAGAAAAAUGGUCUUAAUGGCGGUGCAGGUGGAGGUCGUGGUGGUGGGUUUGGUCGCGGAGGAGGAGGCUUCCGUGGCGGUAACAGCGGCGGCGGUGGUGGCUUCAAAAGAGGAGGAGGCGGUGGACGAGGUGGAGGUUUUGGACGAGGCGGAGGCGGUGGCGGUGGUAGAGGUAGAGGCGGAGGCGGUGGACGAGGUCGCUGGUAGUACGAACAUUUCAUUCUAUAUUAUUUGGAAAUCGUAUUAGCUGUACAAUUUAGAUUAUAAAAAUAAUAUUUUAUAUGAAAA